UGUAGGCGCUUAGCAGUACUAGUUCACCAGCCGCAGAGGAGAGGAGCGAAAGAUAAGUGUAUUUGCUGUGUACACUCCGGUCGCCGGAGAUGGCGGCGGCGGCGGCCCCGCGGCCCACAGCAAAUUUCAUUGCUGCGCUGUCGGGGACGAGCUCCGCGUUCCUCUUCUUCUCCGUUGUCGUCUUGGGGUUGGUCUCUUCAGCUCGUUGGAUCGCCAGGACAACGUUGCAGGCGAACGUCCCCACCACGGCGGACAUUCCCACCGCCGCCCGCGUCGGAGCACCAGCGGCGCCGCCUCGUCCCAUCUACUCCAUCUCCUGCUCCGCCCCGCAGCUCCGCUCGCUUAACCUCUCCGGCGGCGCCAGAACGCCCGAAGCCUCCCAAACCCUCGCGCUCGCGCUCUCCUCCUCGUCUUCCUGCCGCGCCUCCCCUCACCCUGCUCCGGCGUCCACCACCGCCUCCGUCUCCUCCUCUUCCAAUUCCUCCUCGUGCCCCUCCUACUUUCGCUUCAUCCACGAGGACCUCCGCCCAUGGCGCGACGCGGGGGGGAUCACCCGCGCCAUGCUGGCGCGCGCUCGCGUCACCGCCAGCUUCCGCCUACUCGUGUUGGGUGGCCGCGCCUUCGUGCAGCGGUUCCGCCCGGCCUUCCAGACCCGCGAUCUCUUCACCAUCUGGGGCGUCCUCCAGCUGCUCCGCCGCUACCCGGGACGCGUCCCCGACCUCGAUCUCAUGUUCGACUGCGCCGACUGGCCCGUCGUCCGCACGCACCUCUACCGUGGGAAGCACGGUGCCUUAAUGCCGCCACUCUUCAGAUACUGCGGGGAUGACCGGACUCUGGAUAUCGUCUUCCCGGAUUGGUCAUUCUGGGGCUGGCCAGAGAUCAACAUAAAGCCAUGGGAUGCCCUGCGGAAAGACCUGAAGGAGGCUAAUAACAGGGUGAGAUGGUUAGAUAGAGAACCUUAUGCAUACUGGAAAGGAAAUCCAGCAGUUGCUGUGACACGGCAGGAAUUGAUUAAGUGUAAUGUCUCCAGUACAAAAGAUUGGAACGCAAGGAUCUACAAGCAGGAUUGGUUCAGAGAGAGCAAGGCAGGGUACAAUGACUCAAAUUUGGGCAGUCAAUGCACACACAGGUACAAGAUCUAUAUAGAAGGGACAACAUGGUCAGUCAGUCAGAAAUAUAUUCUAGCAUGCGAUUCAUUGACACUGCUGAUUACACCAAAAUACUACGAUUUCUUUUCAAGGUCACUUAUGCCGAUUCAGCAUUAUUGGCCUGUUCAGAAUGACAAUAAAUGUGACUCCAUAAAAUAUGCUGUUGACUGGGGCAACUCUCACAAGCAACUGGCACAGCGCAUAGGAAAGCAAGCCAGUGAUUUCAUCCAAGAAGAGAUUAAUAUGGACCAUGUUUAUGACUACAUGCUUCACCUUCUAACUGAAUAUGCCAGGCUCCUAAGGUUCAGGCCAGUUAAGCCACCUGAAGCUGUUGAGAUCUGUCCCGAGUCUUUGGCCUGCCAAGCUGAAGGCCUUGAGAAGAAGUUUUUUAUGGAAUCAAUGGUGAAGUCUGCCCAUGAUGCUGGUCCAUGUGAUCUGCCUCCUCCUUUCAACCCUCAAGAGCUCACAAUGCUUAAGCAAAGGAAGGAACAUUCGAUCAAGCAGAUUCAAACAUGGGAGAGAAGAUUUGGGAGGGCUUAGUUAACAUGCUUUUAAGCCUCUGCCUCAUUUUCCCCCAAAUACAGGCUAAUUGGCUGCUUUUUUAGGUUUCUGGUUUAUUUUGGUGUCAUCAUGGUGCUAACAAACCAAGAAUUGGUAGAAAUAUCCAAAUAUGUAAAUAUUUGGAAAAUUUAAAAUAUGGUGUUACUUCCCUUCCUAUCUUUAUUCUGGGAUAGAUUUAGUAUUUUCUUGUAAAGCCAUAGUGACAAACAGAUAUAAUAACCUGAACUAUUCAGAAGAUAUAAUUAACUCAUUUCAUGCCAUUUUUAUGUCGAAAUUAUGUAAUAUUCAUAACAUAAUUUCAAAUGUUGUUGCUUCCUGACUGAGAAUGUUGAGAUGUAAUAAAUGAGAAGGAUCUCAUGGAUCUGUUCAGCGCUAAGGCAAAAACAUUAUGGACCAAGAAGUUGCUGAAUGGAGUCAGGUGCUAUUUUGGUGUUUCCUAUCCACUGGCAAGAAGGUUUGUGGUUGCUGCAGACGGCUCAAGCUCGAUGUUAACAAGCAUUUCACCGGUAAUUUCUUUUUGGCUGUGAAGCUUAUAAGCAUCAAUGGUUCAAUGGCAUGCUGAUGAGCCCAUCAUUCCAUGCAAUGCAAGCCAAUGAGGUGUUUCUUAUCCAUGUGCUUGCGUCAUUUGGAGGUGCUAGACCUGUGCCAACUUAAAUUCAGAGUCAAUGACAUCCCUUCAUUUUUCUCUGUUGGAUAGGACAUGAAACCCCUCCAGGGUGCAAUUCUCCACUGCUUUCUUAUCAUUGGUGCCAGGUAAAACCUUAUAGUUACUGAACUACUACUUUGUCCAGGGAGUGCCCUUGCCACCAGUCGAGUGUAGGAACUUUCAGUGAUAAUUGAUACGGUUGUUGUAGUGACACCCUUUUGUUUUACUACUUUCUUUCAGUUGGAACAGUCAGCACCCUAAAAUUCAUAGGGUAAAAAGUCUCUGGAGAGUUUGUGGAAAUCAUAAUAGGGAUAGAGUUAUGAAAACCUGUAGUACGUACC